CAAGAAAGCUUUUUCCUGCGCUUUCCGGAAAUGGACGGAUAAAUAUGGCGUCGCACAGGGGUGACAGAACGAGAAACCCUACAUCAAAUGCUGGAGAUGUUUCCAAAAUCGACCUUCUGCUUCACCCUGAGCUCCUUUCUCAAGAGUUCAUUCAGCUCAUGUUACAUGAGAGGAAGAUAACAGUGGGUGACCAUGAGGACCGCGACCGGCUGACAAGUCUGUACCUGCGACAUGUGCUUCCUCUCCCGCAGAGAGAUCUGCCCAGCAGCCGCUGGGGGAGGAGGAUGGAGAGGAGCAGAGCGCACAGUUCAAGCACUGAUAGUGGCAGGAAGAGGCCGUUGAUUGUGUUUGACGGCAGCUCUACUAACACUGGCGGUGUGAAGCUAAAGAAAGCUGAUACUUCAGCAGCACCUGUCACCACAGACCGAAUAAAGCCCCCCGUUUCCAGCAUCAGUCUCACAAACCCCAUACGCAAGCUCACCGGGACCUCUACAAACUGCUCUUCCUCAAAUUCCUCUAACAGGACGCCAGUGUCAUCGCCGGGGGCCAGUCCCAAAAGCCCCUGUAAGCACUCGAACGCUGCCAACCUCUCUCCACAUUCAAACAACACCACGUCUAAACUAAAGCGCUCGUCCCCCAGCGACAGAGAACAUGACACUGCUAAGGACAUCAAGUCACCUGAUACAAAGAAAAAGAUUCAACAUAUCACAUGGCCAUAAUCUCUGAUGUCAUCAAGGACGGAUGGUUAACGC